AUGAGAUUGCCACUCCUCGUCACGCUCCUUCCCCUGCUGCUGGCCUCACUCGCCCUUGCCGCACCUAGCAGCAGCCCAUACGCUCCCUCAUCCUUCAUUCGCAAGGACAGCAUCGCCAUUCCCGCCGGCUGGGCCAAGCGCGCACCAGCCACGGGCAACGAAGUCGUCCACCUUCACCUCGGUCUCGCCAAGAGGGACCAACUUGGCCUCGAGGCUCGUCUUCAGCAGAUCUCAGACCCUGACCACGCGGACUACGGCAAGUGGCUCUCCGCAGACGAUGUCGCCGAGUACUUCUCGCCCUCCGCAGAGACGCGCAGCAUCGUCUCGCGAUGGCUGCAGGCUCAUGGCGUCGAAGAGUCUCACGUUACCAAGCGCAGCGAUAUGGGCAACUCGAUCAGCUUCUCUGUCCCUCUAGCUCAGGCGCGCGCCAUGCUCGGCGACGCCGACUUUGCCUACUUCCAGCACCGCGACUCGGGCGAAGAGCGCUUCACUGCCACGAGCUACUCCCUGCCCCGCGAAGUCGCUCCUCACAUUGACGCCGUCUUUGGUCUUGCCAACUUCGCGCGCGGCGCUUCCUUCCGUGCCCCGUACAAGAUGGUCAUGGAUGAUGACCUCGAGGCUAGCAGCGCUGCGCCCUCGUCCUGCCAGUUCAACCUGGUCACGGCGCAAUGCCUGCGUGACCUCUACGGCACAGCGGACUACAAGCCCUCAGGCAAGGGCCAGUUCAUCGGCAUUAGCGGCUUCCUCGAAGAGUACGCCAACUACGAUGACCUUGCUCAGUACGAGGCAGACCAGCGACCCGAUGCCAAAGGCUACAAGUUCUCUGAAGUCUCCAUCAAUGGUGGCCUGAACGACCAGAGCAAGCCCGGAGGAGAGGCAAGCUUGGACGUCCAGACGGUCGCAGGUAUUGCUUACCCUAUCAACUCAACUUACUACUCGACUGCCGGUCGUCCUCCUUUCAAGGCCGACGCGUUCACCCCAACCAACACCAACGAGCCCUACGAGGACGAGCUGAACUAUCUUAUUGGCCUCAAGAAGCUGCCCUCCGUUCUCUCCACCUCGUAUGGAGACGAUGAGCAGACGGUCCCGCUCGAGUAUGCCAAGCGCAUCUGCUCAGAUAUUGCUGGAUUGACGGCCCGUGGUGUCUCGAUGCUGUACGCCUCCGGUGACAACGGUGUCGGUGACACUGCUUCAGUGUGCAAGAGCAACGAUGGUAAGAACACGACGAUGUUCUUGCCGACUUUCCCUUCGACUUGCCCUUGGGUCACCUCGGUCGGCGCAACCAUGCGCUUCGACCCUGAAGUCGUGACCACGAAGGAGGCAUCAUUCAUCAUCUCUGGCUCUGGCUUCUCCAACUACUUUCCUCGCCCCGACUACCAGAAGAAGGCCGUUGCAGGCUACCUUGCCAAGAUCGGCAACAAGCACGCCAACCUGUACAACCACACCGGGCGUGCUUACCCCGAUAUCGCAGCUCAGGGAUCGCGCUUCAAGAUUGCGGUCAAGGGCAAAUUCGGCGCCGUUUCUGGCACUUCAGCCUCUACGCCCCUCUUUGCUAGCAUCGUUGCCCUCUUGAACGACGCGAGGUUCAAGGCGGGCAAGCCGCAGCUGGGCUUCUUGAACCCUCUAAUCUAUGGCCUGGAGGGCAAAGGUUUCAAUGAUAUUACACAAGGAUCUGCUACGGGCUGCGGUACAGACGGUUUCCCGGCUUUGGAGGGAUGGGACCCUGCCGUUGGGUACGGGACUCCCCAAUUUGACACCCUCAAGAAGCUAGUCGGCGCGUGA